GGAAAAUUAUCUUUUUCAGGAGCCCAUGAUCCUGUACUUUUUCCUGUCCAAACUAGUCACGCAACUUGUUCUACAUUGUUGCGUGACGAAUGCUACUCUUUCAAUCUCAGCCCUCACUCGGAGAAGUAGCGUAAUUUCCAUGCUUUAUAAUUUAAAAUGAAGCAUUUCAGCAUUGCACAAAUGAAUAACUUUGCUUUAGGUUUCCUUUUCUCAAAUAAGAUUCAGCACCGGAAGUAACUUGCAAGUUCAUCUCCUGCCGGUCACGUUUCCUUAUCCGGGACUUCGAGUCAUACUGUUCCUUUCCUCUGACAUUUUGCAUUUUGGUUCCUUUCGGUUUGCAGUACAUGAAGUUGUUGUAGUAUUUCCCGGAAUUCUUUCCUUUAUUAACAGUACUUAACUUCACUUCUGAGAUGACUAAGUUUACAGAUUGCUUUUGGGGGACAGAUUUUAACAGUACAGCUGGAUUUGAUGUGCUGUGUAAGCGCAUGAGGGAUGGGAAACAAAUGUGUCAGGAUUUUGAGGAUUUUAUAAGACAGAGGGCAGAUGCUGAGGAAAAGUAUGGCAAGGCCCUUAUGAGACUUGCGGAAAGUGCCAAAGGCAAAGAGGAGAUUGGGACUCUCAGAGAAUCUUGGGAUGUGAUUAAAACAGAAACAGAAAAUAUAGGUAAAGUACAUAUUUCUUUGGCACAACAACUAACUGAAGAACUAGAACUGUGUGUCAGGAAGUUCAGAGAAACACAGCGUGAUGCAAGGAAAAGUGUUGAGGAAUCAGUGAAGAGAGCUCAAACAUAUAAAAGGAAGUGUUUUGAUACAACUGUGAAACUAAAAAAGAGCUAUGAACAAAGAUGCCAUGAUGUGAAUGUGGCAGAAGAGGCACUUAAGAGAUCUGUAUCACUUUCAGGCAAGGAUGAAGAAAAGCUGCGAACCAAACUGGGCAGAGCAAAAACUUUAGUUGACCAAACAGACACAGCAUACCAGAAUUCAGUGCGCAGUCUUGAGGAGGCCCGGGUGGUUUGGGAGAAGGAAAUGGAGCUGUGUUGUAAUCGUUUCCAAGACCUCGAGGAGGAGAGAAUUGCGUUUCUGCGGAAUGUAAUGUGGGCCUAUACUAACACCAGUUCAAUGAACUGUGUUAAAGUUGACGAGAUUUGUGAAGAAAUGCGAAAAAGUCUGGAGCAUUGUGUAGUGGAUUCGGACAUUCAUUUGUUUGUUAGUAUGAAAAAAACUGGAUCUGAAAGACCAGCUAAAAUAGAAUAUGAGAAUUAUUACAUGACGCAGUCAUCACAGAAGGUCUUAUCACCGGGCAGUAAUGUAAAUAUUAGUGGUCCACUUUCUGGGACUUUCCAGCAUUCUAAAGAAAUCGCCAGAGUACAAUCAUCACCUGAUACGCCUAAAACAGCUAUGCGCCGUCCUCAAAUGCAACUACCUGGUAUCCCUGCACCAGAACCUGUUGAUGAUUCAAUGUACUCUGCUGUGGACCAGACCAACAAGCCAAAAGAUACAAAUGUGAAGAAAACUCAAGAACAGUAUUGUCGCGCGGAGUUUGAUUACGAAGCACAAGGCGACCACGAGAUAUCGUUUAAGGCCGGCGAUCUUAUUAAACGUCUUUAUGAUGAGGAUGAAACUUGGUGUUGUGGAGAACUCAACGGAAAGAAAGGCAUGUUUCCAAAAGCUUUCGUGGUAUUUAUCACCAAGUGACACAGAAGCUACAGUUGUCAAACAAAUAAUGAAGAUAGAAUUGUCCUUUACGUUCUUGCAGAACAAGAGUUUAAAUUUGACGAAUAAAUUCCAAUUACGGAGAAAAGUAAGAAAUGAUCCGCGCGCGUAAAAAUAUUAAGCACUUAGCGGUUUAUCAGUUGAUAAAGGUAAAUUAUCACCGUAGCGAGUUGGGAAGGUGACGGUUUCAGCCUUAGCCUUUUGUGAAAUUAAAUACCUUAAAAUUCCAGUGAUAAGCCCUGAGUUUAUACAACUUCAUUUAAAGGAGCUACGUGACGGUUUUCGCAUCUUGAAAAGUUUAGCCUAAAAUAUUCAAGUUUGUCGUUUGUAAUCCGUGUCAAUCUUCUCCAUUCUUGACCAUCCUUGUUCCUUUAAGGUUUCUUUUUGUCGUUUUGGUGUGUUUCAAUGUUAGUAAACUUUUAUUGUCAGGUUUCCUUCAGUUUAAAGGUAGUUUUUACGAGGCCAAAAUAACUCAAAUUAACGUGACUGAGCUUCUAUAAGGGUUUUGGUUGGGCUUAUAAGCGGUAGAAAACAACAACAACAACGUUUUGAAGUAAGCUGAUAGAACCAACAUAAAGUAGUAUAUAACGAUUUUUAUCGUCUUGAGAACACAAGUAAGGAAACAAACACGCGAAGCACAAAGGCCGUUGCUUAUAGCUUUCUCAACAAAGUAAAAGAGGGACUAUAUCCGGUAGGGGGUCUUCUAACCGGAAUAGGAUUUUUUUUGUAAUAUAGAUGGGCCUAUGAUGGGCCGUAAUUUUACGGUAUUAUAGCACGCACCUUAGCGAUAUUUACUUAGGCUUGCUUGGAAGGACGGAAGGCUUCAUAUGUUUUACAGAUGUAAUGCGAUACUGUUAAAAUAAUUUACGAGGUGUUUUAAUCUUUUUAACUCUUUCUAAGAAUAAUUAUAUUUCAGCAAGUAAUUGCGAUUUUAUAACUAAAAAUUAUUUUCAGUUUCCUUUUUUUAUAAAGAAGACGCUGAGGUAACUGAUUAUCGGGAAUAUUUCUUCAAUAUUAUUUGUGGUAGCUCUGAAAUGUUACGAAAGUACAGUUACUCGGCGAGCGCUAUUAUGUUAUGAUUAACGUCAUUUUAUCUUACGUUAUUGUUUCGAUUCCUGACGAUGUGGUGUUUCAAGGUUGUCAACGUGAGUUUUUUUAUGAACGGAUAGUCAGGAGGCAGUUAUAUGUUCUGUAAUAUUUCCGAUAUAAAUAUAGGCGAAUAGGUAGAUGUGACAUGCCAGAUAGGCAAGUCCAUUGAACAUAUCAAACGGCAAUUUAAAUCACCCUGGGUUUCUGGGCCGGGUUGUUCAAAGCCUGAUUAAGCUAACGAAGUAUUAGCGUGAAUUUUGAUUUCUGUUUUGCAGACGUUUCAGUGACGUUUUCUGUUUAUAUUGCUUAGAUAUUCUUCAGUUGUGAUAAUCUAUACAAAACAUGAGCAACGAAAGACAUUUUCAUAGUAGAUAAGGAAAUACCUCGGAUUAAUUUAAACCCUUGGUUAGCUUUAACCGGCUUUCGAACGACCUGGCCCUGGGAAAUCAGAGCUAUUAUGAAGCUCUUCAACAGGAACUGGUGUAAAAAUGUGGCGUGAGAAGGAAGUGAGUCGCUAGUCACAGUACCCUAGCCUGUGAAGAGGAAAACAAUCAGUGAUUAAAGCCAUCUAAGCGUCCAGCGCCCUCGGCUUGUUGCACUUUGGCUCCAGUCUCCACUCAUGGGCUAUUUCAGUGGUUUGAGUCGCCCUGAACAUUGCUAUAAAGUAGAAUGUUAACAUAUAGAAAAAAUUGGGCUAUUAAUUAAACAAGUUGGAGGAGCUAAUUAUAAAUGUACGUGUAUAUCAUGUCGAGAAGACUUUAAAAGUAAACAAUGGCAAUUUUAAAACCAAUAAAUUCGUUAAAAAAACCA